AUGUCGGGGGGAGGCCCCAGCCCAGGGGGGGAGAGCACGGGGUAUAUGAAGCCCACAGCAGGGCCCAUCUCUGUUCCUGAGAGCAGGUCCGCCAUGAAGCUCACUGCUGCCUUCCUGGUGCUCUGUGUGGCUCUGCUCAGCCAGCCCGCUGCCGCUUUCUUUGGGAACUCAAUGGCCAAGCCUGUGGCCUCUGCUUUGAGCGCUGCAGAGGCUGGUACAGAGGCUGUGGCUGGGGUAGGAGCCAAGGUCCAACCCUUUCUCGGAAGCUUCAACCCCCUGAAGUUUAUGCUGACCAUGCUGGGGAUCCCGGUGGAACAUCUUGUGGAGGGUUCCAGGAAGUGUGUGGCCGAGCUGGGCCCUGAGGCCGUGGAGGCCAUGGGGGCCAUGAAGACUCUGCUGGGGGCCCUGACAUACUUUGGUUGAGCCAAGGCCGGUGUAUCCCAGUGUGGGGCAGAGAUGCUGCCGUCGACAGGCUGGGGACCUACUGCUCAGCCCUGACCAUCCAAGCCCUUCCCCUACUCUCUCAGUAAACACAAUAACAGCA